UCGUGAUUGACUGACUUCGCUUUUUCUCCUACAGUUAAUCAGUUGUGAGGAUUGAUUUAUGAUGGAAUUUGAUCCAUUUUUCCAAACGGAUUCAUAACUAUAAUAUUGCACAAAAAGUGUGUUUGCCGCAGAUAUAUAACGCCAAACUCCAUUCAAAAUCUGCUAGCGUUAAAAUAGCACACGCUUACAUUAUGUUUGGUUGCUAUUGUAUAAUUUUGAACUUGUUAAUGUCCAACCUGGCCUUAUGUAAAGCUGAAAUACUUCACGCUAGUUUGUAGGACGAUAUAGCAUAAGACAGAAAUCAAUGUAUACGUAUAUCUAAUAUUUCCCCAUUUUUACUUUGCUAACGUUAGCUAGCGUUAUAGUUCAACUGUAGGCUAAUGUCAAUUUAGCUAACGUUAGUCUUCAAUUGUUGAAAGUAACUUAAGUAUAUAUCCUCAAGUAUUGUAUGGAAGUACUUUUUUGUAGUAUAUCCAUGUAAUGCUAUUUUAUACUAAUACUCAACAUGUACGAGGCAAAUAUUCUACUUUUUACUCCACUAACUUAUUUUAACAGUUGCACUACUGUAGAACUAAUAUGUCUAAGGAACAAGUCUAACCAUAAUAACGAAAUUAUCAAAAGAAAGAGCAUUCUGAGUGAUUUUACUUUCGAUAAAAAAGUCAAAUAUAGAGAUUUGCUGCUUUUUUAUUUUUUUAUUUUUUGUUGUUUUAUCUAUUUUUUGUCUGCAAUGUGUACUUCUACUCCUUGUACUUCAGAAACAAUUAUGUCCACUAAUAAAGUGGGUUUUGGACCCCCAAAGCUGGAGUCGUGUGGGACAGCAGUGGACGGAGACCACUCUGCACAAGUAAAGAUUCUACAGGUCCCAGUCACAUGUAAAGCCAGCACUGUCUCUGCCCCACCUAAAAUCAUCUCCGCGAGCCAAGUCCACCAAACCUCCUCCUCCACAGUGCUGACAGCGAGACACACGUCCUCUCCCUCUGUCAUGGUGGUAUCAAAGGUGAUGACCUCAGGAGGAGUGAAUGCUAAAAUCCAACCACAGGUAACAAAAGCAGCUUUGAGCCAGGUGGCCUCCAUGACCCAGGCCACAACUCAAGGAAGGACGGUGGUUAUAACUGUGCCCAGGGCAGCGGGUCCUCAGCCAGUCACUGUGACCCCCCGGAUGCCACACACUACCUCCACACAGCUCCCUGCCAAUAUCCAGAUACCACCAGGUAUGAUGUUGAUCCGCAGCGAGAGUGGUCAGCUGAUGCUGGUAUCCCAGCAGGCUUUGGCACAGGCCCAUCAGGCACCGAGAGGCGUCGGUGGUCAAGCACCAAAAAUACUGGUCCCACAGGUGUCUGCCGCAGCUGGAAAUAAGAGUAAUGACAAGAUGACGGUGAUCCGGCUGCCAGCUCCUCCCAAUUUCCAACCUGCUCAGGUCCAGAAGACAGCUGUGGUGAAGGUUAUUGGUGUAGUUCCCAAACCAGCCGUAGUGCAGCCCAUCAGCGCUGUGUCUGAACGGGGGUGCCAGCCACGUAUCCAGACUGUCGUCACAGAAACCAAGAAGGAGCCAGCAGUCAUUAUUAGUCAGGCCACCCUGGAGAGUGUGAAGAAGUGCAAGAACUUCCUGGUGACUCUGAUCAAGCUGGCCUCCAGUGACUCCAGGUCUGCCAACAUGGCGACCAACGUGCGAGGGCUGGUCCGGAGUCUGCUGGAAGGGAAGCUGGAAGCAGAGGAGUUCACAGAGCAGCUCUAUCGGGAGUUGAAGUCGACUCCUCAGUCCUGCUUGGUGCCUUUUCUCAAGAAAAGUCUCCCUGCAGUUCGCCGCCUCACUGCAGACCCGCAGCUAUUUAUCCAACAGGCUUCAACUACGAUCCGGAACAACAACAACAACAACAACACCACCACUCUGCCGUCCACCAUGAAGCCGAACAGCACUGACACAGGACACAGCCUCAGUACUGGCCUGAAGGUUACCCAGCAGCCUCAAGGAGUGACUCUGACAUCUGGGUUGGUGACUUUUUCUCAGUCCAGAAAUGACCUGAUUAAGAUCAGCAAACCCACCCCCAAAAACUUCACAGGAACUUUUUCCCUGAAGCAGCCUUUCAUUCAGGUUUGUGCCACCAAGUUUGCAUUCAAGGACCGCUCAGGAUCUUACAAAGAAGACGAUGACAUCAAUGACGUGGCCUCCAUGGCUGGAGUGAACCUGAGGGAGGAAAACGCUCAGAUCCUGACCUCAGUGGUGGGCUCGGUGGUGCAGUCCUGCCAGGACCAGCCCUUCCUCUCCCCCCACCCACUGCUCAGCCGCAUCCUGCGCACAGGACAGGGUCUGGGGGUGACAGAGGUGGGUCCGGAGGUGGGGGCUCUGGUGUCUCAUGCCACACAGGAGUGUCUGCGGGGGCUGCUGGAGAAGCUCACCGUGAUGGCAGACCACCGCAAGGCCGCCCUGAAGGAGGACUCUUGGCAUACCAAAGUCAGCGAUGUGCGCUCCCAGCUUCGCUUCCUGGAGGAAGUGGAGAGUUUGAAGAAGAAGAGGAAGGAUGAAGAGGAGAGAGAGAGGCUGCUGAGAUUGGCCAGAUAUUACUACCGCAACAUGUCUGCUCACAGAGUCGCUCCCACACUGAAGACCCACAGCUUCUGCUGCUCAAGCAAAGAGCCAAAGAGAUGCAGCAGGCAGAACAGGCUCAGCUGCAGCAGAGAGAGGCCAACCUCACGGCUCUGGCUGCCAUCGGGCCCCGCAGGAAGAGGCCUCUGGAUCUACCUGAGGGCCAGGUGCCUGUGCUGCCCAGGCAGUGUGUACAGAGAGUGUCCCGGGUCAUGCUGAGGGACCUGCUGCUGUGUAUGGAGCAGGAUCGCUUCCUCCACCGUUCUCUCACCCUGUACAAAGCCAUGCUCUGAGUUACUGCUGAUCAUGGUUGAAUUGCUUUCAUUGUUAUCCACAGUAAGUCUUUAGUUUGUUUUUUGCACCUUGAUCUAUAUCUUUCUGUUUGUUAUAUACUAUUUAUUUUGAGUAUGUUGUUGAGUGUUGCAGCUGCUCCCUGAAGCACUUCUGUGCUUUUGUUGUUAUAGAAUCUGUGAGUAUGAUUUAAAAAUAUGUGUAAAGAAGACAAGAGCUUGUAGGAAACACUACUGUUGAGUGUUCUGUGAACAGUGUUGAAGUAUUCUCAGUUGAAUUGUUCCUGUAUUGUUUGACCAUUAAAGGAAAUGGAAUUUAUCACA